GUUACCUCCGCCAACUUGUUUCGUCACUCUCCUCCACAAAUCACCAGUGGACUCGCCGCCCCGCUCUUCAAUAGAAAAAGAAAAAUCACGAGCCGAUUCCAUUCGUCCAUACGCCCCUCGCUCGUUGAAAGAUUCGCACCCGAUCGUCAGUCGGAUCUCCUCCCCUUUGGAACGAACAUCCAUCUCGCCGCGCCCGAAUCUCUGGUUCCCGAUUCGGUUCGAUCCGCGCCGCGCGCCACCCGUUCGACGCAAUUCCCUCGCGGCGACCGCCGCCGGCGCCGCGGUGACCGAUGGAUGUCUGAUCGCCGCGGCCGCCGAGUGCCCCCGGCGCGGCGCCGGCCAUGUCGCUGGCCUGCGGCCUGCCGCUGCUCGAGUGCGUCUACUGCCUCGCCUGCGCGCGCUGGGCCUGGAAGCGCUGCCUCCACACCGGCGAGGCCGACAGCGCCACCUGGGGCCUCGCCUCCGCCGCCGACUUCGAGCCCGUCCCGCGCAUGUGCCGCCUCGUCAUGGCCAACUAUGAGCCCGACCUCUCCGCCUCCGCGCCGCUCCUCUUCGCGCCCCCGGGCGGGUACGGCAUCGACCCCGCCUGCGUCCUCCGCCGCCGGACCUACGCCGACACCCGCGGCCGCGUCACCCCCUACCUCCUCUACCUCGACCACGAGCACGCCGACAUCGUCCUCGCGCUCCGGGGGCUCAACCUCGUCAAGGAGUCCGACUACGCGCUCCUCCUCGACAACCGGCUCGGCAAGCGCCGCUUCGACGGCGGCUACGUCCACAACGGACUCCUCAGGGCCGCCGGCUGGGUGCUCGACGCCGAGUGCGACCUGCUCAGGGACCUCCUCGAGAGGUACCCCGACUACACGCUCACCUUCACGGGGCAUUCACUGGGCGCCGGCAUCGCCGCCAUGCUCACCAUGGUCGUCGUGCUCAACCUCGACAAGCUCGGAAACGUCGACAGGAGCCGAACGCGCUGCUACGCCAUGGCGCCCGCCAGGUGCAUGUCGCUCAACCUCGCCGUCAGAUACGCCGACGUCAUCAACUCUGUCGUCCUACAGGAUGACUUCUUGCCCCGGACAGCUACUCCUUUAGAGGACAUUUUCAAGUCAAUCCUCUGCUUGCCGUGCCUCCUAUGUUUGAGGUGUUUGAGGGAUACAUGUAUACCCGAAGACGCAAUGCUAAAGGAUCCAAGAAGGCUUUACGCACCGGGCAGGAUAUAUCACAUAGUGGAAAGAAAAAUGUGCAGGUGCGGAAGAUAUCCACCGGUAGUCAAAACAGCUGUGCCUGUGGAUGGUAGAUUUGAGCACAUUGUUCUUUCCUGCAACGCCACAGCAGACCAUGCCAUUGUUUGGAUUGAGAGGGAAGCCCAGAAGGCUUUGGAUCUGAUGCUGGAGGAGGAGGAGACAAUGGCGGUUCCGUCAGAGCAGCGGAUGGAGCGCAACGAGACCCUGCAGAGGGAGCACGUGGAGGAGCACCGGGCCGCGCUGCGCCGGGCCGUGACGCUGUCGGUGCCGGACGCGCGGGCGCCGUCGCCGUACGGCACGUUCGACGACGACGACGCCGGGCGGCGGCCGCAGCAGCAGCAGCAGCCGGAGAGGAGCGAGAGCUUCCCGCCGGCGGGGGCCAGGCAGCGGAUGAGCUGGAACGACCUGAUCGAGCGCGUGUUCGACAAGGACGCGGACGGCCAGAUCGUGCUGCGCAGCUCGGUUUUCUCCUGAACGCCCCGCGCGCGCCUCACCUGUUGUAAAUUCGCUUUGCUUUGGUGCCCUGUGUUGCAGACUCCCAGCAGUAGGCAGUAGGCAGUAGCCACAUUCUUGUGUCCUUGGUUUAGACGUUUUCGUAUCAUUCAUUCAUACUAGAAGAUAAUCUCUCUUUUUUUUCUUUUGCACGGAUCGAUCGUACGGUGACAUGUGGUCCGUGCAGACAAGUUUUGUGAAGGAAUAAUCAAGGUGAAAUUAAACAGAUCUAUUUAGGAA